CCAAGUCAAGUUUCCGAGACUACGAGCAAAAGAGAUUCUGCCGGAAGACUGCGUACCAGGUGCUCUUCAACAUCCAUUCUACCAACCUAUUGUUCUCUGUCCCAGGUUCUCAAGCCAAUCCAUAAGGUCCGCCAUGGGGUUGACUUACAACCACUAUCUCGAGUCCGACAACAAAAUCUACGGCUGCAAACUAUGCAAAACGCACCUGGCUCUCCAUGACGACAUCAUUAGCAGGAAUUUCCGCGGCCAGCACGGUAGAGCCUACUUGUUCGACUGCGUGAUCAACGUCAACGAGUCGGAGCCUACGGAGCGGAACAUGACGACAGGCAGGCACAUUGUGCGUGAUAUAACUUGCCGACAGUGCAAAGAGACGGUCGGGUGGAAGUACGACAAGGCGUAUGAGCAGCACGAGAAGUAUAAGGAGGGCAAGUUCAUUCUCGAAGCGGAACUUCUCUGCCAGGUGAAGUAGUCUUGGAGCGGGUUUUGGGAGUGUAGUGGUAGGCGUUCAUGGCGGUCAUGACUUCCGUUUGGGAUACGCGGUGGGCUUUUGUCUUCAUCUGGCGUCUGGGGUUCGGAGUGCUUUGGAUAUUUUCACUCUCGGUCUAUGGGGGGUAUGCACCGGCCCUCACAGCCUUCACAGCGCUCACGGCAAACUCGGGAAUGAUUUCAGAUGGAUCGCUGAGGGGACUCUUCAGAGCUGCUUUCGACAAGCACAGUAGUUCACAAUGGCAUCCCUGUAACGCUACAAGGCUGCUUCUUCCAAGAGGCUCCCGGGCCGGGAGGGCGCACACUCUGGGUUCCGAUUCACAGUGGAAAGCUGG